ACGUCGUUGUUAUUGUUUAUACCAAUAAUCAAAUAGUUCAAGCAGGCGAAUUUUUAGCAUUUAUAUAUUAGAAUUUUAAUUAUAACACAUUCCCGUAACUAUAGUUUAAUUAAAAUGACGUUGAAAUAUAGUCACGCAAUAGUUGCCAGGAUAUCUGAUUCGCUAAAGAAUAAAACUGAAUUUGACCUAGCACUUGCAAAGGAACAGCAUAAGCAAUUUUGCAGUCUCUUAAGAGAACUUGGACUAGAUGUGAUAGAACUACCACCUGAUGACGAACUACCCGACAGUGUUUUUGUAGAAUCUUCAGCUGUCAUAUGCAAUGGUGUAGCUUUAAUUGGUAAAUCAGAUGACCCCAUGAGACAAAAAGAGGCAAACAGUAUGGCCAUAACGCUAAAAAAGGAGUUGGACAUUCCAGUUGAAGUGAUAGAAAAUCCUAGCGCACAACUUCAUGGCGGCGACGUGUUAUUUACAGGAAGAGAGUUUUUCGUUGGUAUACACAACGGAUACACUAAUGAAGAUGGAGCCAGGGCAGUUGCCAUGUCCUUUCCUGAGUAUCCUGUGACGCCAAUAAAGGUGGGAGGAACAAAACCUUUGAAGUAUUACGUUUCAAUGGCAGGUCCAGAUGUAUUGUGUGUUAGCACUAGUGAGAUUUGUCAAGAAAUAGUUAAACGGAUGGAACGUGAAGCUAGUUUUAAAUAUCAAAAAAUUACUUUACCGGAAGAGCAUGCAAGCAAUAUGUUAUACAUAAAUGGAACUUUGAUUCAUCGUUCUCCUCAAGAAAUUUUAGAAUCUCAUAAGAUUAUUAAGGAAAAAAUUGACAUUCCAACGCGUAACAUAAACAUAAGUGAAUUUAGUCAGUUCUCAUCUGGCUUAACAUCGGCGUGCAUACUACUUAGACGCUGGAAGUCUAUACGAAGCAUUUAAAUAUACAAAACAAAAACCUCUCCAUUAUAAUAGGCAAUACAAUUCCACAUGAGAAGUAUCUUCCGUAGAUUUAUUACGAUACAGUAGCUAAUUACAAAGUUAUAAAUGAAAUAAUGCAACACAACAAUACAUAUUAUAUACAUUUAUUAUAUCGUAACCUGAAAUGAGAAUGCAUCAUGCUAACUUUUUCCAAUAUAGAAUUUGUACCGCAAAUAUUAAAUCUAAAAUUUUGAUAUUAUUAUGAUUAGUCAGUACAAUAACAAAUUUACAUUUUUGGAAGAGGUAAAAAAUAUUGUUUAUAACUUAAAGAAGACACUUCCGGUACUAAAAUCUUAAAUAACGUUGUUAAAAAUUUUUUGUUUAGGGUUGCGAUAACUACAUGUUUUUGUUAAAAUAAUAUUAAUUCAGUAUUUAGUUAUCUAAAAUUUGUAUUUACAGUGUAAAUGUUGAAUGGAAGCUAUUGCAUGCACAAUUUUGUUAUCAGUUUUAUUUAUGGCAACUAUAAUCUCACUCCUCUUUUACACACCGUUUUUACGGUAAUAUUUUUACACUUACUGUGUAAAGUAGAAUGUUAUAUAAAAAUCCAAAUACACAAAAGAAAUUAUUUAUACAAAACAAAAACAA